UCAAAACGAUUAAGCAAAGUAAAGGGUGGUUAACUACUUCCCUUCCGCGACGACUCGGCGUCGGCGACCGGCGACGAGACAUGCUCCUCGUCGACGGCGAGCCCGUCGCCGCCUCCGGCUCCUCCCGCGGGGUGCGCCUGCUUGAUUGUUGGACGAGCUGCUCACCUCCUGACACACUUCCCGGGCGCGUUCUGUUCUUGCAGGGGGGCGGCGGGAGCGAGCUGGUGGCGGCGCUACUGGGGGACCCCGGGCUCCGCGCCGCGUCCGGCAGGCUCAGGGACGCGCCGGAGAGGCGGAUCUCCUCGGGGCCGGAGGAGGAGGCGGCGGUGGCGCCGAGGCACGUGUACGUGUUCCAGCGGGAGUUCGCCACCGUGGAUCCGGCUCGCAUCCAGUUAGUGGGCACAGAUGAGGUGACUACAUGUGUGGGUGUUGUAAUUCGCAACAACAGGACUGGAAUGACUUCUAUUAGUCACAUGGACUUCCCAAAAAUUGUGGAGGGAGGGCUCAAACAGAUGUUAGAAUUACUUGGUGAUGACAAUGCACCUUUUGAUGUUCACCUGAUUGGUGGCUUUGAUGAUGUUUCUACAAAGGUUGUACAUUCCUCUGGAAGGAAGCACAGCAAACUGGAAGGGUAUUCCUAUCCACUAUGUUGCAGAAUACUUGAGGUGUUGCAUAAGUACCAGAAGCAAUUCCAUCUUCGUACAUUUUGUGUCCUUGGGAACAAUACCACAACUGAUUUAUAUGGGAAUACAAGGCCAAUAAUUGGCGGAUUUGUGGUGGAAACCUCAUCUGGGGCUGUUAAUCCAGCAAUCUUUGAAAUGAAUUCAAGAUGUCCAGAUGAAGUAGUUAGGCGAAUUCGUGUGAGCGUUUCUUCUUAUGAUCCAACUUGGCAAGGAAGGCUACUGGAGACUUACGAUACUCACAGUGAUGCUUUUCAAAUUGCACCUGCCUGCUGGAUGCCAGAUUGGGCAGAAAUGGCAUCCUCGCUUAACCAGCUAUCGGACUCUGAGGUCCUGUUGCAGUGCUCCACCUCUCCAGCUGCAGAACCACCGCAUUUUGUGGAAAAUGAGAGAAGGAUCUGGAGAUACCUGAUUGAGAAUCCUUAUUGGGAAGACACAUUUCCGAAAUACAAGCCGCGGGUCUUCCACAGGACCAGUGAUGGGAAGUGGUCACGUUACUCAUAGCACCAUCCAGCUACCAUUGGUGAUCUCUGCAGGUGGAACAAGGAGAGAUAUCAUCUCUCCUCUCAGGUCUCAGCAACGCUGCUGCUAUCCCUGUCGAUUCUUGAGGUUUUCUUCUCCUGGAGUUGUCCCAUGUAUCAUCCAUCAUCCUUGGAAGGUGUUUGAGGAUUUAUUCUGGUUUUCCCCCCACAGAAGCAGUGAAUACGGCCUCAACUUCGAUGUCUUGGUGAAUUAAUGAAUUGUUGGUUGAUAAGGGAUAGGGAUAAUGCCAUUCCGUUUCAUCUCAUGUUCUCACUGUUGUUGUUACCUUCUUUUCCUUUUUUUUUUUCUUUCAAGAGGCACAUUUUCAUUUCGGCAGCUCGGCAAUCUUUUCAUAUAUUUUUUUUGUUACUGCACAUCCUCUCCUUAGCUAUAAGUGCUACAGUAGCCUACAUGUGCUAAU